AUCUUAAAAUAUUUAUGCUUUGUAAUCGAUUUGGAUAGUUACAUGAAAUAUAAGUGAGAUUGAAUUCAACAUUCAAUUACAUCUUUUUUCUAAAAAUACAACAUUAAAAGAUAAAGAGCAAAAGACGUAACGCUAUAAAGAUUGUAACCAAUAACUAGCUCUGUAUACUUGAACUCUGACCUCCACCACAUGAGAGUCAAGAUGUCCGACGAAGGCAUGGGUUCAGGAGAGGAUGGUGAAAUGGAAUAUGUUCCCGUAGACGAGGAUGAACCAGAUGAAGAAGAAAUGACCGAAGAAAAAUCGGAACCCAAAGCUUACCUGCCUGGAACUCAACUUGAUGACGGCGAAGAACUAGUUCACGAUGAAAGUGCAUAUGUUAUGUAUCACCAAGCUCACACAGGUGCCCCAUGCCUCAGUUUUGAUAUCCUUCAAGACAGUUUGGGUGACAGCAGAGAAGACUUCCCCAUGACAGCCUACAUUGUCUGUGGUACACAAGCUGAAAGGUCACAUGCUAAUCAUGUGAUUGUGAUGAAGAUGUCCAAUCUUCAUAAGACAAAUAAAGACGAAGAGGACAAUGAUGCUGGAUCAGAGUCGGACAGCGAAGAUGAAGAUGAAAAGCCGGAGCUAGAAGCUGCCAUGAUAAAACAUAAUGGUGGUGUCAACAGAGUUAGGGCAACAACUGUUGGAGACAAAUCCAUAGCAGCAUCAUGGUCAGAAAUGGGGAAGGUGCACAUCUGGGAUUUGUCCAGGCCUCUAAGUGCAGUCAAUGACUCCAGUGUGAUGAGUAUAUACACCAGGAACCAGGAAUCUCCUCCACCAUUGUACACAUUUGGUGGGCACCAGGUGGAGGGAUUUGCCAUGGAUUGGUCAUCUACAGAACCAGGAAAGCUGGCCACAGGAGAUUGCAAUAAGAAUAUCCACAUCUGGACACCUAAAGAAGGAGGAACAUGGCAUGUUGACCAGAGACCCUAUACUGCACACACGGCCUCAGUAGAGGACAUACAGUGGUCACCAAAUGAACCCAAUGUAUUUGCGUCAUGCUCAGUGGACAGAUCAAUACGGAUAUGGGAUGCUAGAGCAGCACCAAGUAAAGCAUGUAUGUUAACUACUGAAAGUGCACAUGAAAGAGAUGUCAAUGUGAUCAGUUGGAACAGAAAAGAACCUUUCAUUGUAUCUGGGGGAGAUGAUGGCAUCUUAAAAAUCUGGGAUCUGAGACAAUUUCAAAAUGGAAAAUCUGUAGCCUUGUUCAAGCACCAUACUGCUCCAAUCACAUCAGUGGAAUGGCACCAGGCAGACUUCUCAGUGUUUGCAGCCUCGGGAUCUGAUGAUCAGAUUACGCUGUGGGAUUUAGCUGUGGAAAGAGACUCUGAAGCACCUGGAGGGAGUAAAAUGGAAGAGCCAGAGGUGCCUCCUCAGUUAUUGUUUAUACAUAUGGGACAGACAGAUAUUAAGGAAUUACACUGGCAUCCACAGAUUCCUGGACUAAUAUUGAGUACUGCUCAUAGUGGAUUUAAUAUAUUCAAAACAAUAAGUGUAUAGCAGGAGAAGAUAUGGAGGAGCAUGGUUUUAAUUUUUACAAUCCUUUUGGGAAGAAUAACCAUUGUUAUUGUUUUUCAGUUUACUUGAACUAACAAGUAAGAGAUGAAGUCAACUAAACAAUUCGCCAAAAAA